AUGAGAUCCAACAUCAAGUAAACACACUAUGUGCUCGACUUUUCUGAUAUUGAAGAUAUUUCAGAUAAUGAAUCCGAAUCUUCUUCACCUCAACACAAUCAACCUCAUGAUUCACCUCCUAGGACUGACAUUAAAUCAUUACAAUAAGGUUCACUGCUUCAAGCUGUCAAAAAAGAAGCUGUAGAAAUACCUUCUCUUAUAAUUUAACAAGAAGAAGACUAAAUUCAAAGACGAAAGCCAGAAAAUCUUAUCUAAAGAUGGGAAGUGAACUUUGAUGAACUGUCAGAAUAUGAGGAGGCAGAUGAUACUCCAGUAUCUAUUCAAUUAGAGAAAGAACCCAGUCCACAACCUCAACUUGAAGAACCUCAAUACAUAGAGUAAUUUUUUGAAGACUAACAUAUCAUGGAGGAGGUUGAAAUAGAUUAAGAAUAAUUGAUAUUGGAGAGAGUCAAGAAUGUCUAGAAGCCAGCUCUAGUAACGAAAUAAGAAUGUAAAUUAAAAUCUUAAAAAAACCAUUUAGAGAAAGUAAGCAUUCGCAUUGUGACCAACCCAAUCAAUAAAUUACAAAAGGAAUACGUAAAUGAUAGUACUACCACUCAAAAAAGGGAUAUCAAUUAACAUAUUUAAUAGUCCAAACCUAAAUAAAUUGUAAAGUAGAAAUUUUACAAUCCAAAGAACUCUCUUAUAUAUUUAAGGUUGAGGGGUCGAGAAGACUUAUAUAAGAGAAAUGAUAUUGUAGUAGAUGAACCGCCGAAGCCAUAGGAAGUUGAUUAAUUGCUUGAAGGCUUAGAUUGCAUAAAUAAUUUACUUAUAGACUUAUCAAAUCUUAAAGAAAAAAAACAGAAUACUGUUGAAAAAAAACAAAUUACAAUUAAAAUACAAAAACGUAGGGUAGAUGAAAAUAAUGUAAAUUAGAUAGAAAAACAAACUAACAAAAUAGAGAAGAGUAAUGAACAAAUAUAGGAAAAAGAAAAAUAGUUAGAAUAAUAGUUAGAAAUAUAGUCAUAAAAAUAGUAAGAAAAAUAGUUAGAAAUAUAAAAAUUAUAAGUUUAGAAAUAGAGAGAAUCUGCUUAGAAAUAAUAACUUUAAUAAGAAGCAGCAUUGGCUAGAUAAAUUAGACAAGAAAAACUGUAAUAAGAGAAGGAAAUGAAAAAAUAACAAGAAUAAAAGUUGGUUUACAAGAUUCUAACCAAAAAAUUGAUUAAUCAAGGAAUGCCUUUGUAUAGAUGUUUAUUAAGAUAAAAACAGAGGGAAUUUAUUAAAUGGUUGAGAUUUUCAGAAAUUGCAUUAAUAAAUGAAGGGGAAAAAGAGAUCUAUAGAUUUGAAAAAAGAAUGUCAGAUCAAAUGUUUUUAUAGAUCCAUAAAUAGAAUAUGACAUCAGUUACAAUCACCAAAUAAUGUAUGUUUAAUCCCAUAAUUUUACAUUAUGUGUAAGCAUAGGAGAUUCCCUUAGAGAAUCCAUAAGAGAAUAAAUCUUUAGAAAUAGAAAAAUAAAUUAAGCAAGAAGAAUUUGAUAAAAGUGUUAACAAUAACAAAAUUAAUAGUGAGUGCAAGAAGCAAAAAGAAAAGAAAUAACCAAAGUAAAAGAAACAUAAAAAGAAAAAUUCAUCGGAAUGUAUUGAAAUAUUGUAGGAAGACAAAGAGAAAGAUAAAGAAAAAGAGAAUGAAAAAUCAUUGAAAAUUGAAAAGGAUAGGGGAAUAUAAUCUAAUAGUGAAGAUGAAGAUUUUGAUUUGUUGAAUGCCGAUAGAAUCUAAAUCUUAAAAAUAGUUAUUGAUAAACGAAAAUAUAAUAAUAGAUAGCAUCAAUAAUUACAGAAUGUUUAAUAUCCAGAUGAAUCUAAAUAACCUGAUGAUGGUGUGAUGAUUAUAUAAGGAAUGGAUCAAUAAAAUGAGCAGAAGUUUGAACAGGAUUAAUUACCUACUUAAUUUUACUAGAAAUAAUACAAAUAUUUAAAUACUCCAGCUAAUAAAUCAGGAUAGGCGAUUGAGAAUUAGAAUGAAGUUAAGUAGAAAAAAAAUAGAUCUUAUAAAUAUACAGAAUUACCAUUGAGCAGAUUGGAAACAAAUGAUGAAAUAAAGAAGAAGGAAAAAAUUAAUGAUAAAAAAAAGGAGAAAAAGAAGUAGGAUUUUUUAUAGUUGUUGAAUGAGAUUGAAAUUGAAUAAAAGUAACAACAGUUAAAGGAAGAACAAUAAAAGAGAAAGUAUAAAUCCAUAUAGUAGAAUAAGGAUAAAUAACUGCAAAAGAGUUAUGAAAAAAUGGUGGGAUCAAAUAAUUUAGAAUGGUUUUAAUCAGCAGAUGUAAACUCUAAGAUCAAAAAGGAGCAGAAAAUGAAAAAGUCGAAAAAUGCCAAUAGGAUGACUAGAUCAGAAGUGAAAUAAGAUAUUUAAAGUGGAAAUUCCUCGGUUGCAAGAUCGUCUUCCAUUGAGUAAGGAGUCUAUUCCCCUAAGAGAGAGGAAGUAGAAAAGAAGCCAAGAAGGCUGAGGAGGAAUGAAACUGAUAGGGAGGAUUCAGAGGAGAUUGCAUGUCUUGAAAGGAAUAGAGAUAAUCAAAAAAGAUUAAAGAGGUGA